AUGCAAACGCUUUGUGUUUGUGGAGAUAGGCUAUGGCGUUCCGACGCCGUUUCAUUCUUCGGCUCUAGUCUGUCGUUUUCGCAUACCCAUUUGUCGUUUUGCCCACCCAGAAGAAGAAGCCGAAUAGUGUCCAUGGUAUUUAAGCGCAGCCCCAAGCGUCUCAAAUACACCACCGCUUCUCGCUUCACCAAGGAGGAUGGAUUAGUGUACAUUGAAGCAGACCCAUCUGGCUCUGAUUCUUGGAAAUUGGAAUCAAUUGUCAAUCUCUUGAAACAAGGUGCUGUUGGAGUCAUUCCUACGGAUACCCUGUAUGCUAUAGUAUGUGACCUCAGAAUCCACUCGGCCAUUGAACGUCUUCGUAGAAUCAAGAAUAUAGAAGCUUCGAAGCCUCUUAGCAUCUUGUGCCAUUCAUUCCGGGACAUAGACAAGUACACAGCUGGAUUUCCACGUGGUGAUGGUCAAGGCCAUGCGAAUUUAUUCAAAGCUGUUAAGCAUCACUUACCUGGUCCUUACACAUUCAUCCUAAUUGCAAGCAAAGAAUUACCUAAGCAAUGCAUAAGGUUUGGGACUUCUUCUGCCAAAUAUGCUUCAAGAAAAAAUGUGGGUGUCCGUAUGCCUGAUGAUGCCAUUUGUCAAGCAAUACUGAAGGAGAUGGAUGCACCAUUAAUAUGUACAAGCAUCAAGUUCCAGAAGGAAGAUGAAUGGAUGAUUGAUCCAGUUAUAAUAGCUGAUACAUAUGGACCAGAGGGUCUUGAUUUUGUUGUUGAUGGUGGUGUAAGAGUGGCCGAACCAUCCACGGUUGUUGACAUGACAAAAAUGCCUCCCAAAGUACUACGACAGGGAAAGGGUCCUAUUUUACAUUGGAUGGAAUUGGAAGCUGAUGAGAAAACAGAAGUCGAUAAGGAUCUCAUCCCUGCUGGCAUUUGA